AUGGCAACUGAUUCUGACCCUGCGUACCAGCCGCUCCUGCUCGAGCUACCUUCGCUUACGCCGUCGCUGGCUGCAGAGUUCCUCCCGCACGGACUGACGCUUCACCGCCUCUUCCUCCAAGCCGACGGCCGCACACACGACCUCGUCGUCGGCCCCGAAGCACCUACCGGCCACUCGACCCAAAAGUACACCAACACGCUCAUCGGGCGCUACACGAACCGUGUCCCGGUCGGCUCGCACACGAUCAGCAAGAACGGGCUAAGCACCACGAUCAACCCCAUCGCCAACCCCGCGCACACGCCUACUGUAUCUUUACAUGGCGGACCGAAGGGCUUCGAUCAGCUCGUGUUUGAGCCUGUACCGCUCGAUGCGAUUGUUGCGGGUGGCGAGGGGGAGGUGAAGAGGGAUAGCCCGCCAGGUGUGUUGUUUAGUGCGGAGGAGAUCAAGAGUUUGCAGAGCGCUUUCCCGCAGGGCGCGGGUGCGCUGUGGCGCGCGAUCAGCGAGGACGGCGAUCAAGGAUACCCUGGUGCUUUACUCGUCGAGGUUGCCGUUGGGCUGGUGCAGCCCCAAGGAAAGCCGGCUGAGGGGACGAAGGAGUACGAUAUGGGUGGCGUGGUGAUGGUGUACCGCGCGGCGUUGCUAGACGAGGGCGAGAAGGUCGUCACGCCCGUCAACUUGACGCAGCACUGGGGCUUCAACCUCGAUGCGAGCUUGAAGGAUGGCGAGGUCGGUGUCAAGGGACACAACUUGAAGAUGGACGCUACGCACACGGCUGGUGUUGACGCACUGAAGUUGCCGAAGGGCGAAAACGUCAGCGUUGAGGGAACAGGCCACAAGCACGACGGGAAGAAGAUCGGCGAGGGAUUCCCAAGCGAGGAAGGCUACGAUCACUUCUACGUCUUCUCUAAGCGCGAGCCUCGUGGUACAGCCGGCAAGCACCGUUUUGCGCGCUCAGAGCUGGCAAGCGCCGGCUUUGAUGGCGUGCGCGACGUGCUCUCGCCCGGUGCGGCUGAUGGCGUUGUCGAGCUUGCAAGUUCCAAGAGCGGCAUUAAGCUCGUCUUCGGUACCAACCAAUCGGGAGUUCAAUUCUACUCGCACAACUUCUCCGACCCGAACGGCAGCAUGAAGCGCAUCCACGGCGGCGCCGGCGCGCCAGGCCCAAACCAAGGAUACCCGCCACACAGCGCCGUCUUCCUCGAGUUUCACGAGCCGCUCGCGGCAUUCUUGUACCCGGGCGCCAACCCGUCGGGCGACGACACGAUCCUCGCGCCCGGAGAGGUGUACAACAAUUAUGUUCGCGUCGAUGUAAGGUAUGCGAGCCCUACUGGGCUCUGA